AUGGAUGGCAGUGGAAUAGAGUCAUUGUGGGAGACUGUCUACGUGAAACACUACUACUGCCGGUCCGGGUCUGUGUACGAGCAAUACGCAAUAGCUGGCCAGCAGAAGAAACUCGUGUACGUCUACCGGCUUCGUCUUCUCAACACUUCAGUUAAAAGGAAGCGCUUACACAACUAUGAUGAUGAAGUUAGAGGUUUAUUCUCUGAUUUUAAAGCUUUAUUCGAUAAAGUGGUUUAUGAUGAUCCUGGUUCUGAUUAUGACGAAACUGAAGCAUGCUCUAUGCAAGAUGAAAUUUUGGACUUGUACAUUUCUCUGAUCAGUGACUUGAAAAUAGUGUUACCUGCUAAAACUAAAGAAGUAACACCUCCCACCCAACCAUCUCUACGACUGCCCAAAUUUGAGUUGCCCAAAUUCAGCGGUAACUACGAAGAAUGGGUUAGCUACUACAAUAUUUUUGAGGCGUCUAUUAAUAGGAAUGAAACUUUGGCCCCUGUGAUUCAGGUGUUUUCCAAAGAUGGUCAGCAAACUGUACUCCGUGCUGUGCUCGACUCUGCAUCUCAACUUACAUUGAUAUCUGAAAGAGCUGUUCAGCUCAUCAGUGCCUCCCGUACUCGAGCACAUGAUGAAAUCCAAGGAAUUUCUGGCUCACUAAUUCAUUCUAGAGGAAUAGUGCACAUUGAUAUAUCUGCAGUUAAUGGUCAACGCUUAGCCUACCAUCAUCCAUGCUUGGUUUUGAAUCGUAUCACUUCACCACUGCCUCAGAUCCCAGUCUCACCUCAAGUGAAGGGAUCUUUAAAUGAUUUUGUUCUUGCAGACCCCUGUUUUGACAAACCUGGAGAAAUUGAUCUAUUGAUCGGAGCUGAUUUAUUCGCUCUCUCACUGACUGGUGAGCAGCACUUCUUAGGCCAUAACCUGCCCCAAGUUUUAGGAACUAUAUUCAGAUUUGUUGUAAUGGGCAUAGCUCCUGUUGCUACAUCUGAGUUAUCAAUCCCAAAAACUGUUUCUUUUCUCACUACACAUGAUGGAGACCUUCACAGUUCACUUCAAAGGUUUUGGUCAAUCGAAGAACCCCCGACAUGUGUCAAGACUCAGUCAGAAGAAGAUGUUCUCUGCUUACAGCAUUUUGAAAGAACCCAUACACGUGAUAACUCUGGUCGAUAUGUUGUUAAGUUACCGAAAAGACCAAAUCAUCCACUAUUAGGUGAAUCUUGUAGUACAGCUCAACUUAGACUUAAAGCGAUGGAAAGAAAAUUUGCUGCUCAGCCCGAAUUCAAAGAUUUAUACUCCGAAUUUAUGGAUGACUACAUCAAAUCAGGUCACAUGAGUGCAUGUGAGCAACCCCUUUCUGGUGAAUGUUACUAUUUACCCCAUCAUGGAGUAUUUAAGGAGAAUCCCCCUAAUUCCAAAAUACGAGUCGUAUUUGAUGGUAGUUCCAAAACAAAUAAUGGCGUCUCCCUAAACGAUAUCCUCAUGCCUGGCCCUAAGUUGCAGAAUGAUAUUAGUGAUGUCUUGCUGUACUUUAGGUGUCACAAGUUUUUGUUCACUUGUGAUAUACGACAGAUGUAUCGCCAGAUUCUGGUGGCUGAAGAUGACAAGAAAUAUCAGUUAAUCUUUUGGCGAUCCAACCCUGAUGAAUACCUUCAAGUCUUAAAGCUAAAUACCGUCACCUACGGUCUCAACUGUUCCCCGUUCAUUGCGAUCAGAACAUUACAACAAUUGGUCAAAGAUGAGGGUCACUCAUACCCCAAGGCGUCUGAGAUUCUAACUAAAUCAAUAUUUUAUGACGACAUCAUCGCUGGAGCAGAAAGUCUUGAUGAAGCUUUGUCUGCACAGAAUGAACUCAAGAACUUGCUCGCUAGAGGAGGUUUUGAACUCCGAAAAUGGAUUAGCAACGCACCCCAACUAUUGGACCAAGUCCCAAUUGAACACAAAGAGACUCCAGUGGAGUUAACUGAAAAUAGUGAAGCCUUCUUCAGUGUCCUAGGUCUAAAAUGGACUCCAGAGUCUGACAUGCUUUCUUACAAGGUUAAGGAUGUUGAAAUAAGUGCUAUACUUACAAAGAGAAGACUAUUAUCUACAAUCGCUAAACUGUACGAUUUACCAGGAUUUCUUACACCCGUAAUUUUCUGGGCAAAAACACUUAUUCAGUAUCUCUGGACAACAGGGCUAACUUGGGAUGAACCUGUUCCAAAUGAUGUUAGAACCAAGUGGCAUUCAUUCUUAGAAGAACUCCCAAUAAUUCAAGAAUUAAGAAUUCCACGCUACAUUUCUACUUCUCUGCAUACGGCUGUGCAACUCCACGGCUUCAGCGAUGCUUCAGAGAAAGGCUACGCUGCUGUUGUCUACCUUCGUGUCACUGACUCUCAAGAGAAUACAAGGCUCUAUCUCAUCGUCUCUAAAUCAAAAGUCGCUCCUUUGAAAAGAAUUUCUCUGCCACGGCUUGAACUUUGUGGCGCUCACUUACUGGGAAAACUUCUUCAAUAUUCUUCAAACAUACUCUCUGCUCAUAUGAAGAUUGAAUCAAUCUAUGCUUGGUGUGACUCCACAAUUGUCCUAACCUGGAUAUGUACUCUUCCAUACCGCUUGAAAGUCUUCAUUGCCAAUCGUAUUUCAGAACUCCAAGAAUUGGUCUCUCCUCACUCAUGGAAUUAUGUCAAAUCUCAAGACAACCCGGCAGAUUGCGCCACUCGUGGUCUUUCACCCUCUUAA